GAGAAAUCAAAUGAAAGUACAAUAUUCCCGCGAUCCUGAAGAGAUGAAAAAGGAGUGCUAUAGCUACGCCUAGGUACUUAAUAUUAUAAAGGUGAGGCGUGUGAAAAUUAUAUGUGCCAUGAAUGGGGAAGUAAGUUGCAGGCAAGCAAGUGUCAGACUCCUUUUUUCUCCAAUUAAGUAUGAUUGGGAACGGGAAUUCGUUGCAGUGAAGGAAUAAAAAAAAAAAAAUAACGAGAGAACGAAGCCAGGAGUCCAUGCAAAUAAUCUAUGAAUCUAGGCGUUUUUAAUCGUGUUAACCUUAAGGAUUUAGGGGACAACAUGUACUCAGAAUGGGCAUCUCUGAGUAUAUUAAUCCAGCAGGGAUCAGAGGACAGCCAAAGUGUGUUGGAAAAAUUUAAUUCUGUUGUUGGUAAGGAUGUGACUCUGUCAAUAGUUCGUCAAUUAGCAGCCAAUCUUGGUAUUGCCCAAGCUGCUGAGGCAAGCCCUUUGAUAACGGAUAAGGAAGUCCAAUGGUGCAUGGAAGUCAUUUGCUUUGGACUAUCUCUUCCUUUGACAGAACACGACACAGUCAGAGAUUGUGUGAACGUUUACUGCGAAUGGCUGUCAGCUUUGUACACUUCACCAAAAAUAUGUGUGCCUAAGCCUAUUGCUGAUGAUUCGAAUUAUUAUGCCAGGAAAAUUAUUGGUCAUUUGCACAAUCUUUUUGUACCUAGGAAGGGGGAAGUCUGGCCAUUUAUAUACCAGGAUUUGGGUAACACUUAACAUAUACUUGCAUGGAAAU